GCGAGGGAGGGAUUUUUCGCUGAUUUUUUUCUCCGAUUUUAUUGAGCGGCUCCCGAGUGCGGGGGACCGCUCCCUUUCGUUCUGCCGGCACCCGCUAGAUCUGGGGCACCUUUCUACGAGGUGCCUUGUCCCAACUUGCCGGGAGCCCGGAGCAAAGAGCCCAAAAUCUGCCUGGGGGCCCGGAGUGACGCGCAGCCCUGAGGCCGGCCAGUCACACCGGGGACGAGCCGAGCCACGGCUUGAAUUGACGGAGAGGGACGUUUGGGCCAGCCCCAGGAGGCAGACCGUCCAUCGGGAUUCAGCAGGCCGGCCUGGAGCCGCUACGGAGAACCAGUUGGAGUAGAGUUGGCCCUUCGCUCACACGCGCACCUCGGUCGUUUCUUUCCGGAGGCUGAACGUUAGCCGGAGCUCAGGUAAAGCAGAGUUGCAUGGCAAAGUUAUGGAAGUGGAUUAUUCAGUCCCCAAAAAGCUAAGGAGCAGGAAGAUUCAAAUCCGGAAUAUUCCUCCACAUUUACAGUGGGAGGUGCUAGAUGGUCUUUUAGCUCAACAUGGUACAGUAGAGAAUGUGGAACAAGUUAACACAGAAUCAGAGACAGCAGUUGUCAACGUUACAUAUGCAACAAAAGAAGAAGCAAAAGUAGCAAUUGAGAAGCUUAGUGGUCACCAGUUUGAGAACUAUUCCUUCAAGAUUUCCUACAUCCCAGACGACGAGGUGAGCUCCCCUCAGCCCCCUCAGCGAUCCCGGCGUGGGGGCCACUCUUCCAGGGAGCAGGGCCCCUCCCCUGGGGGCUCCUCGCAGCCCAAACAGCUCGAUUUCCCACUACGGAUCCUGGUCCCCACGCAAUUUGUUGGUGCGAUCAUAGGAAAGGAGGGCUUGACCAUAAAGAACCUUACUAAGCAAACCCAGUCCAAGGUAGACAUUCAUCGGAAAGAGAAUGCUGGUGCUGCAGAGAAACCGAUAACCAUUCAUGCCACCCCUGAAGGGUGUUCGGAAGCGUGUCGCAUGAUACUUGAUAUUAUGCAGAAGGAGGCUGAAGAAACAAAAUCGGCUGAAGAGAUUCCUCUGAAAAUCUUAGCACACAACAGCUUGGUUGGAAGAUUGAUUGGCAAAGAAGGAAGAAACUUGAAGAAAAUUGAGCAAGAUACGGGGACCAAGAUCACUAUUUCUCCUUUGCAGGAUUUAACCAUUUAUAACCCUGAAAGAACCAUCACCGUGAAGGGUACUAUUGAGGCCUGUACCAAUGCUGAAGUAGAGAUAAUGAACAAACUGCGGGAAGCCUAUGAGAAUGACGUGGUAGCAAUCAAUCAACAAGCCAAUCUCAUCCCUGGACUUAAUCUCAAUGCAUUGGGCAUCUUCUCAACAGGUUUAUCCAUGCUUCCCUCAGGAGCUGCAGCCCGUAGACCUGCUGUUACUGCUCCCUACAACCCUUUUGCUAGCCAAGCAGCGUACCUUUUGGGCCUUAAUGGAGCCUCGCUGACUGGCACAUAUCCCCAUCUGCACUCCUUGCCAGAGCAAGAGGUGGUGAAUUUGUUCAUCCCAACACAGGCAGUAGGUGCCAUUAUUGGAAAAAAGGGCCAACAUAUUAAGCAACUAGCAAGAUUUGCAGGUGCUUCAAUCAAGAUUGCACCAGCUGAGAGUCCAGAUGCCAGUGAGAGGAUGGUUAUCAUUACAGGGCCCCCAGAAGCACAAUUCAAGGCCCAAGGACGGAUAUUUGGAAAACUAAAGGAAGAAAACUUUUUCAAUCCAAAAGAAGAAGUGAAGCUUGAAGCCCACAUCAGGGUGCCUUCUUCUGCAGCAGGUCGUGUGAUAGGGAAAGGUGGCAAAACGGUAAACGAACUACAGAACUUAACCAGUGCAGAAGUAAUUGUACCACGUGACCAAACUCCUGAUGAAAACGAAGAAGUCGUCGUCAAAAUAAUUGGUCAUUUCUUUGCCAGUCAGACCGCACAACGCAAGAUCAGGGAAAUUGUCCAGCAGGUGAAACAGCAGGAACAGAAACAUCCACAAGGCACCCCGGCCUCGCAGCGCAGCAAAUGAGGCUCCGGGGUGCUGGCCAGCAACAACUGAUGAAUGUAGCCCUUCCAACACCUUAUAGAAUCACCGGACCAGGGAGCAAACCAAAGACUAUCUGAAGGCAUCCAAGUCUGCCCAAGAGGCUGGGGCUCUACAGAGGACAUCCAGUACACAGGGAGUGGGAAGGGAUGGGCUUCAGCCAGCAGGAACCGCCUCUCCCACCCCAUAGUCUCCAUGGAGUCUCUCUAACAGUACAACGCUAUCCCUUUAGUUGGACUAACAUAGGCAGAAAUUUUGCAAAAUCUUUUCUGUACAUGUAUGUACAUACUAGGAAAGCAUUUUUUACACAGUGCAUGAGCUUCUGCACCGGAUAGCAUUAAUAUAUUUUAGAAUUAAUCUAGCUAACUAAACUAACUCCAGUCUUUAAUUUUUUUAACAAUUACAUUUCAUUUUUUAGAAAAAGCCAGCUUUUCUAGACUAAAAUGAAAAGGCUAGUCCAUUAUGGAUUUCUAACAGGAAGUAGGAUGGGAACGUAGGAUAGCCAGACCUAAAUUUAAGUGAGACUCAAAAGUGAACAAUACUUUGAAGGGCUUCAGGAGGAUUAAUGGUAGCAGCGCACCAUCAUAGAUUGCCUGUAAGUGCCAACAGAAGGGAUACCGUCUUGUUAGCAGAGGAAUCUCUAUGCAUUUCUUUCUCCAGCUCAUGUGAUCUUCUCUUUGCUUCACAGAUCUCAAACUGGUUUUUGCAUACAGUCUCUCAUUUUGUACCAGAGAGUGCAACCCUCCAAGUAUAUGCAUCAUGGAAAAAGAUAGACAUAUAUAUAAAGCAAGCCACAGUUUCCAUCUGCUUAUCAAAAUGCCAAGCUUCAGUUUUAUCUAAGUUUCCUGAAAGGGUGGGGGAGGGAAAAAACCUUUUACCCUGCUUACAGGAAAACAGAGCACACUUGGUACUUUGGGAAAUGGAUUUUUAAAAUGGGAUUGACAAGAGGGUGUUGGCCCAGGGCAUGAAAAUUGCAACUUUUUUCAAAAAAGAAAAACAAACUACCUCAGGUGUUUUCAUACCUCAGCACCUUGCUCUUGUGUGUCCCUUUUUGAGAUUUUGUAUGCCUUGUAAAACUGAGAGUUGGAGCAUUUUUUAUUUUUUUAAUAAAAUGAGUUGGAAAUAAAUUUAGACAAAAGACAGCUGCCAGGUGGAAGAAAGCAUCAUUCUGUAUGAUGAUUAUUCUGUAUUAUACUUCUGCUAGAUGAGAGUCAAUAACCUUCAACCAUAGUAAUAAUAAAAGAUAGAAGUGCAAGAGACACUGGAGCAGAACUCCUGAGUUUGACAGGUUAAACACACUAUUAGAGUUUUUCUGUGCUAAUGGAUGUUAUACUGGUUCUGUGAACAUACCAUUGUACCAACAGACUGCAAUGCCAGUUUUACUUCAAACAGUGUUCUGUGGAAAAACAAACAAAAAAACCAAAAUAUAUCCAGCUAACAAGA